UCCUCUUGGCGGUUUGGGGCAAGACUUGAACUUCUUCCACAGAUAGGCACAGCAAGGCAGAUGGCACCCAAGUGUCCCCAGCCCAUUCAGCCCAGGGGCCAGGUGACGUCAUACUUCCGGGUGAGAGAUACUGAGCUCUGGGGAUUUCUCUGGCCUUUCCCACCGCCUUGCAUAAAAGGGGCUCGCUGGGCCCAGGGAGCACCAGAUCGCUCUCAGCGCCUCCCAUCAAUCAACUCCUGCAUUCCAGGCUCUCACGACUCUCCUGUCCAGCAUCAUGGUCCGCGCCGCCGGCGUCCCGCUCCUGCGCUCCGCGCUGCUGCUGCUGCUCCUGCUGGCCACCAGCCAGACCACAGGGGCUCCGGUGGCCGCCGAGCUGCGCUGCCAGUGCCUGCAGACGGUACAAGGGAUUCAACUCAAGAGCCUCCAGAGCGUGAGGAUGACGCCCCCGGGAGCCCACUGCAGCCAGACCGAAGUCAUAGCCACUCUCAAAGAUGGACGCGAAGUUUGUCUCGAUCCUGAAGCCCCUAUGGUUCAAAAGAUCAUCCAGAGAAUUCUGAGCAAAAACAAGGCUAACUGACCUGGAACAUCCAGAUGGGAAGUAUAAGCUGCAAGGAGAGGAACCACAGAGAAAACAAACAACCAUACGUGGGACAACUCGACUGUGUCUCACGAUUUCUUAUGAAAGCUGUUCUAUUUAUUUAUGUAUGUAUUUAUUUAUUUUUUGAUGAUCAUAUGUUAAUAUUUAUUAUUAUAUUUAAUGUGUUUGGUCAUAGUCCAGUCAGAGACUAUGUAAAUUCAACUGAUUUUAUUGUUAUUGUUUUGUUACUACUAAAAAGUCUAUUCAGUAACAAACAAUUGUUGAAAACAUUGGAAGAUUUGUUUGUAUGAAAAGUGUCAAUGAAAUGAUAGUUGUUGAUUUUAAUAAAAAUUUCUCAAUCCUUUAAUAUCAGAAAAUAUAAAAUAAAAAGUCAGUUAUUUUACUUAUUUAUUUGGAAGAUGAUGGAUUUUAAAUGUGUUCAUUCAUACCUUUGGAAGGGGGGAGUUGAGUUCUAUAUCACACCACUCUGUGAUAGAGACCAGGCAUAAGUAGUGGAUGGUAGUCAGAUGUAAUCAGAUGUAGUUAGAUCACUGUUAAGGUAGAGGUGUGCAUGUACACAUCAAUUUUUGUAACUAUUGUAAAGAAUGUCAACUGUUAUUUAUUUUUUCAGUAUUUGCAUAGUAUGUGGUCAACAUUUCUGAUGUUAAUAUUUCAAGAACUAUAAUUUCUAGUAUCCCUUGGACAUUUUAUGUCUUCUUUGUAAGGCACAGUGCCUUGGCUAGCAAUAAUUAUGCCAUGUUUUUCUGUAUCUUGGAGUAGAUACAUUUAUUUAUUGAUGUACUUUUGCAAAUAA